ACUUGGUUUCCGUUUGCUGCUGCCCCUUCAACCGAAAACAGAAUAUCGAAGAAGACAGAAGCACAGAACUAGGGUUUCGGCGGGACCAUGACUUGCCUAACCAUCGAGCAGGUGUUGAAGGAGAAACAGACCGGUGAUCGUAACGCCGUUACUGUUCUCGAUCUGAAUUGGAAAGCUCUCUCUGAUGUUUCGUGCUUGAGCGAGUUCAAGAACUUGGAGAAACUCGACCUUGGAUCCAACAAUCUCACUUCACUUGAGGGCUUGCGGUCGUGCGUCAAUUUGAAGUGGUUGUCAGUUGUUCAAAACAACUUGCAGAGUUUGAAAGGAAUCGAAGGCCUUUCUAAGCUUACUGUAUUAAAUGCUGGCAAAAAUAAGCUUAAGUCAAUGGAAGAAGUAAAAUCUCUUGUGAGCUUGCGUGCAGUCAUUUUGAAUGAUAAUGAGAUAGCUUCCAUAUGCAAGCUUGAUCAAAUGAAAGACUUGAACACUCUAGUGCUUUCCAAAAAUCCAAUUCGUAAAAUUGGUGGUUCUCUGGCCAAUGUGAAAUCUAUCAGGAAGGUUUCUCUUUCUCAUUGCCAACUGGAAGCUAUCGAAUCAUCUCUAAAGUCCUGCACCGAGUUGAAGGAGCUCCGACUUGCUCACAAUGACAUCAAGGUUGUCCCACCAGAGUUGGCUUCUAAUAGAAAGCUUCAGAAUUUGGACUUGGGAAAUAACUUGAUCACUAGAUGGUCAGAUCUUAAGGUGCUUAAUUCACUGGUUAACCUGAAAAACCUCAACCUACAAGGAAAUCCUAUUGCGGAGAAGGAUGAAUUAGCUAAAAAGGUCCAAAAUUCAUUGCCAAACUUGCAUGUAUUUAACGCUAAACCAAUAAAUAAAUUUAUUAAUGAUAGGAAAGAUGUGAAUGUUGGAAGAGUUGAUAGCUCUUCACUUAUAGCUGGUAAUGAGAUAGACAAUGCCAGCAUACUUAAUGUGGAUGAGCAAUUGAAGCAGAAGAAAAAGAAAGCUGAAGAGAAAACAUUUAAGAAAGAAGGGCUAGUCCACAAGGAGACUACUGACCAUGAUACAGAGGAGGUAUUGAAGCGGAAAAGGAAAAAGUCGAAUGAUGAAAUCUCAGCGAAUGAAGAAGUGAACUUUGAGAAUAGUGGUGUUGACGUAGAAAUGAAACCCAAGAAGAAAAUGAAGAAAGAAAAUCUCUCUAAGAAAGAAGUUCGGGUUAUCGAGCAGAAUAACGGAGAGGUCAAAAAUAAAUUGAGAAAGAAAUUGAAGAAGGUACAAGGUGAACUUGAUAUUAUAGAUGAUGGUGAAGCUUCUUUUGCAGAUCUUUUUGCUGCAAAUUCUACAGAAAAUACAAAGUACGGUGGUGUGGAGAAAAAAGUUGACAAAGUCGUUCACAAUCUGAAAGAUGCGGAUGGCUUAGCUGCCUACCCUGCAAAGAAAAAGAAAAGUAAAAGCAAGGGCAUCGAACCUAAACUCGACUUUACCCCGACAGUUGAAAUUGGAAUGGGUGGGCUUUCUACUUGGGAUGAUUAGUAACUAAGUUUUGCAGUUGGUUUGUGUUGAUGCCGAUGCUUCCAAGAAAUCAUUUUGAAACCUCUUCUUCUGUUAUCCUGUUUUGUAGCAAUCUACCGGGAUACCUUUGAUUUUUUUGUUUUGUUGAGACAGUUGAGUUUCUUAUGGUACUGCCUUGUAUUUUUCAAAGAUGUACAAUUGAAUGAUUGAUCCAGCGGUAUUGGACACACAUGUUCAAGGCCUCCUUGAUGGUGGGUUUUUUUGGA